UGUCGCUCUGGGUGUCGCUAUGACCAGCGUCAUGUUCAAAUAUAGCCAAGACUUGUCGGUAACGUCAGCACCAGAAAGUACGCGCAAGCGGUCCAUUUUUACACUCGGAUGGCAACCAGGACGCGCCUCCUCUGGAGCGUCCGGCUCCAUCGAGUGCUGUCCUGCGUCGCGGCCAUCGCCGUCUUCUACAUCGAGUGGACGGGCUCGGAAGCGGUCAAAGCCAAUCUCCUCGGUGCGACCAACCCCACGCACGUCGCGUCGACGUACCAUAGCCCGCUCAUUGGGCCAUGGGUCGCGAGCCUCCUCAGCAGCCCUUGGAUACCACCGGCGACCGGCCAGCUCUACUUGGACUCUGCGCCUGACGGCUCAGUCACAACGAGCCCGCAUGCGUGCCACACCAUGUUACCUGGCGAUCGCAUUUACGCGCCAAGGUACCUCAAUAGGCUGUUGCCGCGCAUUGCGCUCGCCGCGCCGUCGCUCUCGGAGCUCUUGAUGUCUACGAUUCUCGUCGACUGCGCGUACGCGGGCCGGAUGGUCCAAGACACCACCGCGCUCAAAUUGCACUUUGUCAAUCCGACGGCGACGCAACUCACGACCCUCUUUCUCCAGACGGUCCACAUCACCCGCCCAACCAAGCGACUUUCGUCUGCGUGCGGCUUGGCGACAUUCUCGACGGUCGACCUCUCGGCCGUGGCGCUCCCGGACCUUGGGACACCGCAGGAGGCGUCCUACAUCCACACCGUUGGCCUCGACUUUCCGUAUGUGCUGCCGUCGUUCUACCUCCUGACGCUGCACGAUCGGACGGUCGAGGGCAAGUGGACAGGCACGUUGGCGCCGACCAAUGAGCCCGUGUCCGUCGCAGGUACGGAUGGCAUCUACCGGUCGUCCAUCGAUACCCAAGCCAGCUUUGGCUACGUGACAUGGAACUUUCCGGUCAACCCGAUCGAGUUUAUGCAGGUGAUCCAUUACCUGACGACGGACGUCUCCAAGGACGCGUAUGGCUGGGUGCGUCUUCUUCUCGGCAUGGGCAUCACGCUCACGCUCGCCGUCAACGGCGGCGUCGCUCUCCUCGUGGCCCUGCGCAUGCACAGCGCCCACGGUGCCACGUGGGUGCCCGACGUCUUUCCCUGCGUUCAGUUUCGGAUUCAACUGCGCGCGCUUCUCUGCCUUCUCGUCCUCGCGUGCACGAAUGGCUGGCACCUCUACGAGUACGCGCUGUGCACGGCCGACGCCCGCGAAGGCUGGACCAACAGCUUUGUGUUGACCGACAUCAUCCGUGCGGACGCCCUCAUGGUGUACCUCGGGCUCGUGAUCACACUGGCCAACGCCAUGCGCAUCCGCCUGCGUCUCGAGGUCGCCGUCAGCAUUUGCGUCAUCUGCUACCAGCUGAGCGACGAUAUUGUGGCAACUCACGGCCUUGCGCUGGAGGCAACCAACGCCUAUGUGAAGGCCAACUACCUCGCCAACAUCCUCGAGGUCCAUGGUGAUGGGAUGGACCUCUGGACGUGGCACGAGAAUCGCGAGACGAAUCUCACGCUCCUGUUGACGCAAAUGACGUGGUGGCUCCUCGCGUGCCUUGUCUGUGUGCUGUACGCUGUCGUUGAAAAACUGCGCAACAUGUACGACAGGAAGACGCGGUCGUGGCGAACGUGGCGACGCAUGCACCACCUCACGCUGCUCUGCCUCGACGACAACGACAGCGCCAACCAUCGAGGCGGGCGGCGCUUCUCGGACCUGUACUGCGCGCGCGUGGUGCCCAGUACGCUGGUCGCGUCCAAACUACUCUCGCGCCGGAGCUUCUCGGGCGACGACGUCUGCCGCGCCGGGUUCGAGCCGCGCGUGCGGCAAAAGCUCUGCGAGACGUACGGCCUCGUCGCACCCCUCGACGAGUACCACCUCAUUGGCAACACGCACUUUGUGUCGCCGUCCAGCGUCUGGCUCCUCGGCUACGUCCUCCUCGGCGACCGCUUCAUCCUCGACAUCCACGACUACCCGCUGGUCGUGUGCAACGCCAUUUGCGGCCGACGACUCUUCCGCGUGUACGCCUUUCCGUACAAGCGCUCGGCCGUUGCCGUGGACAAGGUGCUCCUCGCCCCCGACGCUCUGCCCGUUGCUUCGAUCGCCAACCUCGCGCUGUACCGCCUGCGAUGAGACAGGCAAAUUAUUCGACGC